AUGUAUCGCUCACUGGCUGCUCCAACAGCCAUCACCGCCCGGAACAGCGUGUGGAACGACCAACCCACGCCACUCAAGCCCAUGAUGCUCGGGAACCCGGCGCACGCCCACCCCUCACCCUCGAAUAAUGCCAUCCAAUCCGCUUCCACCCACCACCACGACCGUGUCCCACCCAUUUCGGAGAGACCACCUUCCCUCAAGCCAUUGGAUCUCGGACACCCCUCCCUCGUCGGCCGAAUGUCUCUGCACGGGAGACGCAAGAGCGCCACCACCCUCAUCAAGCGCGUCAGUCGACCGACCGACUUCCGACGGCUCGAGUACACGGAGAAGCUGCGCACCUCCCUCAAGCCGCUGCAGCUGGAUCCGGUCGUUUUGCGGGAAGCGAACAAGGCAGACUUGAUCAAACGUGGCGCAUAUCUGGACCUCGACAGCUCGCCACUGCCCGAACACUCCGCCAUGACCGACGACUGCACUCGCCGCUCCUAUCGAGCAACGCGAGGCACCCCCUGGGAACGAUGUCAGCAAUUGGCCGCCAGCGCUUCGUCGUCCUCGCCCGCUGCGAUUGCCGGCGAGAGGGGCCAAGGGAUACUGGCGCCUCCGGAGAAGCCUGAACCGAAGCGGCCGACGCUAUCCGCGCAGUCGUCCUCGAGCUCACUUCAAUCUCUGCGCCAUCAGGGCAUGGAAUCUGGAGUGUUGGCAACUUCGACGCCGUCGAGUGAGAAGACUCGUCUGCAUCGAAGGCGAUCGAACCACAUGGGCACAGGGGACAGCGCGGACCUGGACCUCGAGAAGGAGAUGCUCGAACUAAAUACCAUCAUCGAAGAACGCCGAGCAGGAGCUGCGCGUCCACGCAGUGCGGCUCUUCAGCAUGUGCCCGCCGUCGCUCCUUCAAUGGACGUCACAGCUAGAUCCGAGACCUUGACGGACAUCGCCUCUGCUCUCUCCCGUCCAACCUCUCCCCCUGCACCAGAGGCAUCGCACCAGCUCGCCUCUCCAGCAAUACCACCCACCAGCCCCGCCAAAUCCCGCCUCUCACGCCCCUUCAUGUCCAUGCCAGACGUCACCAUCGCGCAAGAAGAAGACCAACACCAACACCAACACCAACAACAACAACACAUCCGCCGCCCCAGUUCCAGAAUCACGGGCUGGCUCUCGACCCUCCUCUCCUCCUCUCCCUCGCAAACGACCUCCGCCUUCGCCAACCCCCCUCCCCCGGAGCGCGCGGCGGUGCUCUCCAGUAGUAGUCGCCAUCGCACCACUUCCGAAGCUUCCCUCUGUACUACUACGACCCGGACCGAUCCGGACUCUCCCGCCACGACGACGACGAGCACGAGUACUCCUACUGCUCCCUCCCCCGAUCUCUCCCGAGCGCACAGCCGCCCCGUGACCGUCGACGGAUUGCUGGAUGCAAGGGCACGCGAGGUGGGAGCUUGGCCACAGAUGCGGCGGCAGUCUCAUCCGGGUCAGGUGGGAUUGGCGUUGUAA